UAUCAUCAUUCUUUUUGAUUUCUUAAUCUAUUAUUGCUUGAUUGAAACAGAGUUUAAUGUUUUUUACUUUUUUUUGUUCAAAUGUUUGCAGUUCCUGAUGAGCCAUCAUAUCCUGCAGAGAGCGUUGUUCCUCCAGCUCCUACUUCUGCUCUAGCACCGCCUGUUCAUGAUGUUGCGUGGUAACAUGGAUUGGAGUAGUUAAAUUCGUCAAAUGAAGGAAGAGGACACGAUAAUCUGUUCAAAAUGCUACAAGAAUGGGAACUAUGGGGUGAACAGGUCUGCAGAUGAUUUCAAUCUCAUUCAAAACAUUAUUAACAAGACUAAAUCCAAACGAGUCUCAUUCUCUUGAGAAAACUGAAGCAAAAGUCCAAGACAAUGAGCUUGAGCAUAAGGGUGAACAGAAUGGAGAUACUGAGAUGGAGACACCAACUCUGAAGAGAAGACGAAGUGCUUCACCUUCAGACAAUAGGGGUGCAUUGAUGGAACAGUUUGUUAUCAGUUCCUCUUAUGUUGAAUAUCAACUUUCUGCAAACUUGGUAGCUCUCAUAUCCUCUUUAGUUGGUCCACAUAUCACUGCCUCUGCGGCCUCUGCUGCCAUCGCAGCACUCUGUCAUGAAAUCCAAUGUCCAAAUGAGAUAUUUGAUGGUGAUGAUAGUGGCGAUCAUGUCUUAGGUUCUUCUCCUGAAGACAUCCUUGAGAGAGAACACCGGGAUGAAGGUACAGAGGCUGGUGGAGGUCUUGUGUCUGUGCUAUGUGAUCUCGGUGGACUUCAGGGACCUGAUAGACUGGAGAAAGUUGGAACUUGUGGUUAUAUGAGUCACCUAAAAACCCUGCAUCAUGAUGACUAUUCUUGA